GUGUAACAGCUUCAUGGUCAACUGACAUUUUAUUUCGAGAUUUUGCUUUUGAAAACUGUCUUUUAGGUAACUCCUAAAAACUUGCUGUAACACCCUAGAAAGCCAUUUAACAGUUAGUCAUUGUAUAACACUGAGAUGCGAUAAUAGUGGGUACAAACUUGUCUCUGAGUAACACAAAUCCCACUGUUGGAGGCAAGUGGAAGAUUGGUGUUUACAGGUCUGUCAUUGUAAAACAUGAGUACAGUACACUACUGCUGGAUACAGUUCAUCAAGGGAGUACAGGUCUGCCACUGUCUUCAGUUUGCACCACAAACUCUAUGCUUCUCCUUGAGCACUAUCGGAGGCUGAAUCAGGUUGUGCACAAACUUGGCACCUGUUUUGUCUCUGAGUCAUUCCCAGCCAUCAUCAAGUCUGCCUAUUUCCACCUGCAAAUGAUAACUUGCCUUUAACCCUGUCAGCUCUUUAAAACUGAAAUCUUGUCCACACCAUUGUUACGUACACAUUUGACUAUCAAACCACUCUCUGUCAGCCUCUGAACAGACACGUUGACAACUUGAGUUCCAAAAACAGAAAUUGCCGCAAAAGCUCAUUAGGUCUGGCAGCAUCUGUGGAGGGAAAUCAGAGGGAAUGUUUUGGGUCCAGUGACCCUUCCUCAGAACUGAUUUUUCUCCAUAGAUGCUGCCAGACCUGCUGAGCUUUUGUAGCAAUUUCUGUUCAUGUUUCUGAUUUACAGUGUCCGCAGUUCUUUUCAGUUUUUAUUUAGUUUAAACUUGAGCUAAUCCAACAUAAUGCUGGCCAUAAACAAACACACACCAUGGGUCGAAAUAUCCCAGACUUCAAAGGAAUGGAGGACUGGAUGCGUCCUUAGCCCCCCUGCUGUACUCCUGAAGAUCCAUGACUGUGUUGCCAAAUUCCGAAUGAACACCAUUUACAAGUUCACUGAUAAUACCACCAUUGUAGAUCGGAUAUCUAACAACGACAAGUCAAAAUAUAGAAGGGAGAUAGAGGAUUUGGUGAUGUGGUGCAAUGACAACAAACUCUUUCUCAACAUCAGCAAAACUAAAGAAUUGAUCAUUCCUUUUGGAAAGAAAGGAAGAGAACAUGCCACCAGUGACAUCAAUGGAACUGAGGUUGAAAGGGCAGAGAGCGUCAAGUAUCUUGGAGUGACGAUAACUGAUAUCCUGUCUUGGACUUCCCAUAUAGAUGUGAUGGUCAAGAAAGCACGACAACGCCUCUUCUUCCUCAGGCGGCUCAGGAAAUUUAGCAUUUUCAUAAGUACCCUCGUCAACUUCUAAAGAUUAACCAUUGAAGGUGUUCUGUCUGGGUGUAUAAUGGCCUCGUAUGGCAACUGCUCUGGCCAGGACUGUAAGAAGGUGGUGUGCACAGCCCAGACCAUUACAGAAGUCAACCUUCCAUCUAUGGACUCCAUUUACACAGCUCACUGCCAUGGAAAGGCUGCCAACAUCAUCAAAGACUCAUUGCACCCCAGCAAUGAUCUCCUACAACCUCUUUCGUCAGGCCGAAGAUACAGAAGCUUGAACAGACACACCAGCAGGUUCAGAAACAGCUUCUUCCUGGCUGUUAUUAGACUGAUGAAUGGACUCUGUAGCCUCAAAUAAUGAUGAUCUUGCUUAGGCAAUGCGCUGUGCAAUGUAACCUGUUUGCCUCUGCCGACAACCUUUGAUGUGUACAUCCUUGCUUGCUAUGAUCUGCCUGUACUGCUCAUAAGCAAAGAUUUUCACUGUACUCUGGUACAUGUGACAAUAAAUCAAUCAGUCAAUCAAAAUGAGUCACAUCAGGUCAGCACCUUGAUGUGUUCCUCCUGCAGUGAAAAUUUGCCUAGAGUGGCCUUGAGAGGCAUAGGGUGAGCUGCUGGCAACAAAGGCCACAGCCCAAGUGCUAGCUCUUUGCCUGGUCUGAUUAGGCCAGCAGCAUUGGAAUUUCAUCUGACAUCCUUAAUUUGACAGAAAGCAGUAAGAUUGAAAAUUAGGAGGUGGCUGUCUGAAAAAUAGAUCUGCUGGUCUGGCUCCCAGACCUAUUCCCAGCAUUGGCAUCCAAAGCCUGCCCAAGUCCUGUUCGCCUGAAACCUGUACUUGCUGAGCUGCAAUGCCCAGUAAAUCCAAAGCUAGCAAAUUCACCUAAAAUUCCCAUGCAUAUUUCUGAAAGCCUGAAUGUUAUGUGCUUAUAUGCCUCCCUAACUCUGCAACAUUCCCUAACAGGACAUUCUUCAAACUUCGUGCAAUCCUCCAAUUCUGACGCUUUUAUGCAUUUUCAAUGUUCUUUGUUUCAACGGUGGUCGCCAUGUCAUCUGACCGAAGAAUCACCUUUCGUGGUACAGUUGUCUCUAUUUACUGGUUUAAACGUUCCUUUACAUGUCAAGAACGAUUCGGCAACAUGACGAGAGUUUAUUAUAAAGAAGCUGUUGGAGCUUUCGUAGUCUUCGAUGUAUCCAGGCGCUCAACAUUUGAUGCAGUUCUGAAGUGGAAGAGUGACUUGGACAGUAAAGUGAAGCUGCCCAAUGGGAAGCCAAUCCCUGCUGUGCUCUUGGCAAACAAAUGUGAUCAGCAAUGGGAUGGUUUGGACAAUAGUCACACAAUGAUGGAUCGCUACUGUGAGGACAAUGGUUUCAUAGCAUGGUACGAAACCUCAGCUAAGGAGAAUAUUAACAUCGAUGAAGCAACACGGUUUUUAGUGAAGAAUAUUCUGGACAGUGACUUCAUCCAUCUAUCUGAGAAUACUGAUGCAGAUAAUAUUAAACUAACAGAUGAAUCUGAAGAGGUUGAUAAAAAGGCACAGUGUUGCUAACGUUUUGCCCCUCUCCCGGUAACACUUUUUUAUAAGCUUUGGAGACCACAGUCCCUGGAUGGUCUUUUCUGCGCUAUAUCAAAAAGGAUGACUGCUCGAUGAGAUUAAUAUACCUUCAGCUAACCAUUAUUUAAACAGAAGUAUUCCUCUUAGUUUUAAUUAGGAAUGGAAUGGAAACAAAAAUGCUUUGUCUUUUUCAUGUCAAAAUUUCUGUAGUCUUUUUGAAAUAACAUUAAAAUAACUAUUUAGUCUGUUUAAUUUUUAUAAACUAUCAAA